AUGGAAGCAUACUACGACUUCUUCACCCAGAUCAUGCCGAAUCACAGCAUCCCCUGGCCUGUUCUAUUUGAGUCCAAAGAACAAUGCCCUCUUGGAACGACUUCGAGCAACAACUCACUCGGCGCUGCGGACGCCUUUGGCAAGUGUAUUGACCUUGCCUGUCAAGAAAAUACCUCGCCAUUGCAAAAAGACAUGACGGACUCUACGGGUCAUACUCUGGGCGUCUGCCAGUUCGAGUUGCUCGGCUCUGAUAAACCGGAACACUGGAAAUAUUGGUUUAGGCUGCCGCAACCCUACCUCCAGACUCAGGGCAUCAAGGACAAGCAUAAUGUCAUCGAAGCAAUUGUUACCAGCUAUCAAAGAUGCUGCAAGCAAGCCGCCGAGAGCACUGCGGAACCUUUACGAUUUUGCCAAUCCAUCUCCGCAAGCAGUGCGUAUUCCUUUGCUCUCUUAAAAGUUGAUUGGCAACAGGUAACGCAGUUUCGGCCCCUUCGCGGUUUUGCUUCGACAAGGUCCAGCACAAAAUUCGAGAACCUAAAAGUUGCGAGUAUAUCGGCGGCAAGGCCUCAACUGGCCGUUUCUGCUUUUGGUCAUUGGAUUCAGCAUAACCGGCCUCUGAUAUCAAGAUACUUGGGAAACAAUCUUGACAAAAUGUUACGUCUUACCAAAAGCGUCAAUGGCGUUCUUGGUCUGCGGCUCUCGUAUCAACAAGGUCUGCGAAACGGUUUCGAUAGCCUCGGAGACUUGUGCCACCGAACAACUCGAGCCAUUUCGAUUCCGACCAUCAGUGCCAAUAGGCUAUUGCCUCAAAAGAGCGUUUGGAGCUUCCGAAAGCGUGUGACGACUUCCAACGAACCCAGUCCAGCCGAGCAUACUACGGCACCGGCGUUGACAUUCCUUCGUGGACCUCGUCAGGCACCAGAGUAG